AUGAUUCUAGUCCAAGCUGGACGUCAGCGAUACGAGAUCCUACACGCUGGCGACGAGCCCAUGCUGCAAGGCACCUGGUCAUCCGGAUCAGGCAAAGUCGUCACUGGCCCUAGCUUCUUCAACCCUCGAAAACGCAGCUUCACAGCACCGCCCGUACCGGGACAAGCGUACAGCUUCACGCAGGAUGGCUACUGGGAGUUUGCCAAGUACCGUGUCACCCCAAAUCCACGAAAACCGGAUUGCAUCACCUCACAGCUCAUCUGGCAGCACGGCAGCUACGUCCUCCACGCCAACGGCACGCUCCAGCUCUACCCAAUCCCGCGAGAGGGCGCUCAGCUGCUCACCUCGAGCUGUACAACCGGCAGCAGCGCCCCCGAAGAAAUGUACGACGUGGCCGAGGAGUACACACUCGUCGACACCUGGGUCGACAUCCACCACGGCCGCGCCGAUGCCGCUCUCCGCCUGACAGACGCCUGGGGCAACCGCUCCCCCAGUCUGUGGAAGAUCUACGAUCCACCCAUGAUGCUCCCCACCGAACCACUGUACCUCGAAUACAUCGGCAUUCCCUAA